AUGUCUUCUUCCACUCCCAAACCUCCCGUCGUGAGACCGCCCGUCGUGCAACCAGGCGCAGGAAACAACAUAAUAAUAAGCCCAACGCAGCGUGGUAACCCUGUGCUCGAAUGUAUACGCAAUGUGGGCAAAGAAUUUGGUGAUAUUGUGGCAGAUUAUCAGGUUGGAAGAACCACUGGCGUUUUGUUUCUAAGCCUUAAGUACCAUCGACUUCACCCAGAGUACAUCCACACACGCGUCGAGAAGUUAGGGCACUCAUAUGGACUAAGAAUCAUCCUAAUACACUGCGAUGUCUCCGAGCAUCGAGAGCCCAUCCGAGAAAUAACGAAGGCACGACCCGCAAUGGGCCUUAUCAACAAUAUCACAGUUAUCGUUGCCUUCUCGUAUGAAGACGCGGGGCACUAUCUCUCGACGUUCAAACAAUUCGAGCACAAGCCACCAGACUUGAUCAAGGAGCGAGUGGACAAAGACCAUGACUCCAUCUUGCGCACUGCGCUGACAACCAUAAGCCGUGUCAACAAAACCGAUGUCGAGACGCUCAAAUCGUCGUUCGGUAGCUUCGCAAACAUAGCGAACGCAUCGGGUGACCAGCUUCGAAACCUCCCUGGAUUUGGACAAGUCAAGGUCAAGAACAUCAAGAACGCAUUUGACAAACCUUUCCGAAACCAUGCUACAUCUACUCUUCCGUUGCCUUCUACGCAAAGGUCCGCCCUAGCCAGCGGAGCGCCCACACUUGUAGCAUCAGAUCCUGGUAAGGGGAAGAGCAAACAACCUGCCCGAUCUCCUAGCCCGGCUUGGGACAUCGAGGAUAUCGAUCUGGAUUCACCUCCCAGAGACCCACCGAUACCAGCUCCACCUACAUCAUCCAAGACCACCGGAGCAGAUGCUUCAACAUGGGAUAUUGAACUUGAUCUGAACGAUUCUGAUUGA